AAAUCCACCUCACUCUUAACCCUAUUUUUCAUUUCCUCUCUGUCCCUUUGUGUCCCUAAAUUUCUUCAUAAAACACACUUCAAUGGCCAACAAACUCAGAAAACUCUUCCCAGAUGAAACAACAACCUCAAACCAAACCCAAACACAAGAUUGCUAUGGCUUAUGUGACCCUGUAUGCCCUUACAACUGUUACACUAACCAAGACUACUUCUUAUCUCCACCACCACCAUUUGUUUCACCAUCAACACAAGUUAACCACAUAUCCUCCUAUUUGAUCAUCAUCGGUACUCUCUUCGCUGUCAUUUUUGUUGUCAUAGGUUUCUACGUGAUCAAAGUGAAGUGCUAUGCUGCAUGGUGUGGAUGGAGGCUCAACGGAUCCCUUCCUUCUCAAUCAGACACCAACACGGACGAGUUUCUCCAUGAGAACCAAGUUGACCACCCCGUGUGGCUCAUUGCCACGGUGGGGUUGCAACAUUCAGUCAUAAACUCAAUCACGGUGUGCAAGUACAAAAGAAACGAAGGGUUGGUUGAAGGAACCGAGUGUUCGGUGUGUUUGAACGAGUUCCAAGAGGAAGAGACCUUGAGACUCUUGCCAAAGUGCAACCAUGCUUUUCACAUCCCUUGUAUCGACACUUGGUUGAGAUCACACACCAAUUGUCCUCUUUGUCGUGCAGGUAUUCUCUCUAACAGUGUUACUUCUGAAGCACCCGUGUCGAAUUUGGAGCAAGAAAAUGCGAAUUUGGGAAGAAAUCAAGACACCCUUUUGGAAAAUUCAAGGAAUGAAGGCUUGUUAAACAGCAACACGGUUGCAGGGGAAUCAAGUGAAGCACUAGAGUUGGUUGAUGAAUCAAAUUCUAAGGAUCGGGUGCAUGAUCAAACUCAGAACCAUCACGUUCUGGAUAUUGAGAUUCACACAGAAAUGCGGUCUGUUUCAACCACAGAAUCUGAAAUCCAUCAUGUUGUUGAUGAUCAUAAGCACGAUGAAACACAUUUGCAAGGUGUUAAUCGACGGAAGCAAGAGCAAGAUGUUGAUUACCACCCAAAAAUGUGUAAAACAAUGCGUCGUUGUUCCUCUAUUGAAGAGUGUUUACAUUUGAGCCCGGUAUCCAUGAAAAGAUCAUUCUCCUGCAAUGGAAGGAUUCUAACUUCCAGAGGUUGCAUGACUCUAAACCCUAUGCUCCAUUCAUCCCUGUUAGAAUUUUCAAUCUGUUAGAGAUGAACAUAGCCUGCCAUGAGAUACAUAUCCUUCGCAGGUUGGAUUUUGAACACUGACAUGGUGUACACAGCAAAUUGGGAAAGAGAAAGAGAUCAAUUUAAUGAGGUUUGAUUGUGAAGAAUAAAAUGUUAAUUGUAAUUGAAGUUUUAGCAAGUCAUGCGACAUUUGAAAGUAACUAUGCUGUGCGCUAUACCACAAAUCACAAUGUUCAACGGCACUGCAGAACAUAACAGGUUUGCUCCCACAAAAGCGAACGAGUUUUAUAAUAUCAGAAACUGAAAAGUCCACCAAUUCAGCAAAAGCAAGGUUGACAUGGAAGCAAUUACAAGAAGAGAGCCUAUCAAAAUCAGUUUUAUAGUAUCUGUCGGUUUUGAAAUUGAAGAACAAUGCAAACGAAACCACCAGAAAAAUAAAAAAGCAUGCACCUUGGAAUACUGACAAAACAAGAACCAUAGCGAGUUGGUUAUUCUACUUUUGAUGGGAGUGAGUUUUAAUGUUUGGUGGUUUCAACUACUUGUUCAUAACUAUAACUAUAUUGUUGACAAUGCAUGAAGGGUCCAUUUUAUCUUUGUUGUUCCCACCAUUUGAUCAAAAUUAAUCUACACUUGGAUUUGUUUCCAUCAGGAUACAUAUUGAAAGGUAUUUGUAGCGUUAGUUUGA